GUGCGAGCAGUCGGCUUCCGGGCUUUGCCAUGGCGGUCUCCGUAGCGCGUUGGAACCAUGUGUGGGUCGGCACCGAGACUGGGAUCCUGAAAGGAGUGAACCUUCAGCGAAAACAUGCUGCGAACUUCACGGCGGCGGGACAGCCGCGGCGCGAGGAGGCGGUGAGCGCCCUGUGCUGGGGCGCGGGUGGCGAGACCCAGAUCCUGGUGGGCUGCGCGGACAGGACGGUGAAGCACUUCAGCACCGAGGAGGGCAUAUUCCAGGGCCAGAGACACUGCCCUGGAGGGGAGGGCAUGUUCCGGGGCCUCGCCCAAGCUGAGGGCACCCUCAUUACAUGUGUGGAUUCUGGGAUCCUCAGAGUCUGGCGUGACAGUGACAAAGAGGCAUCCUCUGACCCACUCCUGGAACUGAGGGUGGGCCCUGGAGUAUGUAGGAUGUGCCAAGACCCAGCACACCCCCAUGUGGUUGCCACAGGUGGGAAGGAGAAUGCAUUGAAAGUGUGGGACCUGCAGGGGUCUGAGGAACCUGUGUUCAGGGCCAAGAACGUGCGGAAUGACUGGCUUGACCUGCGGGUUCCCAUCUGGGACCAGGACAUACAGUUCCUCCCUGGAUCGCAGAAGCUCGUCACAUGCACAGGGUACCACCAGGUCCGUGUUUAUGAUCCAGCUUCUCCCCAGCGCCGGCCGGUCCUGGAGACCACCUAUGGAGAGUACCCACUGACAGCCAUGACCCUCACUCCUGGGGGCAAUUCUGUGAUUGUGGGUAACACUCAUGGGCAGCUGGCAGAAAUUGACUUUCGGCAAGGGCGCCUACUAGGCUGUCUGAAGGGACUGGCAGGCAGUGUCCGUGGGCUGCAGUGCCACCCUUCAAAGCCCUUACUGGCCUCCUGUGGCUUAGACAGAGUCUUGAGGGUACACAGGAUCCGGAAUCCACGGGGCCUGGAGCAUAAGGUUUAUCUCAAGUCUCGACUGAACUGCCUCCUCUUGUCAGGCAGAGAUGACUGGGAGGAUGAGCCCCAAGAGCCUCAAGAGACCAGCAGAGUGUCCCCAGAAGACACAGAGACAGAUGAACUUUGGGCGUCUUUGGAGGCAGCUGCCAAGCGGAAGCAUCCUGAUUUGGAACAGACCCAAGGGGCUGUCCAAACCAGACGGAGAAAGAAAAAACGUCCAGGGUCCACCAGCCCCUGAAGACCCUGUGCCUACUUUGUAAAUAAACAGCUCAACAUCCA